AUGUCAUGGGCACAGAGUUUGGUUAGUCUAAAUCCACCUUCUAGAAGGAUUAUGGAAGGUUACUGCGAGGCCGCACUGGGCAGAUUGGAUGAAGGAAAAGGCCGGGCGCCCUACCUUGGGCGGGUUGAACUAGGCUGUUUCAAAGCGGUUCGUGAGGGCUGCGGGACGUGCACAAGGCAUGGUGCAUCUCAGCCUUGUGCUCCGAGGGGGACGGGAGCGGAGAGCGCGCGCACACUCACACACAGACACCUACAGCACAGUUUGAGCGUAACGCCAGAAAAAAAAAGACCGAUUAAGUUUAAGAAAUGCAGAGUAAGCGCGCGAAGAUGGUUGGCAAGGGCGGCAACAUGGCAUUUGACUGUGCUACUAAUCGAUAAGCCCUACGACAUCCUUUGCAUCGAAGCUGUCCAAUCAUGGCCAUCUGUUGCUUUUUGCGGGGCUGAACACCCUCAUCUCUGCACGACAGAACCGAUGACACGACACCCAGCAGCCCUAGCCCUAAAAUAG